GUUUAUGUGACCCACGCUGAAGCCCGCGCGGGCGCUGCCAUUUGCUCUUUUCUUAUAUCACUUCUACGCCGGUGUGUGCGGAACACAAGUGCUGAUAGUCUCGCUGCGUCAGAAAUACAUACAGAUUCAGCAAUGGCAGAGAACGACCCACAGGUUCAGUUUAAGCUGGUUCUCGUAGGAGAUGGAGGCACAGGGAAAACAACCUUUGUGAAAAGACAUUUGACAGGGGAGUUUGAGAAAAAAUACGUUGCCACACUUGGGGUUGAGGUACACCCGUUGGUCUUCCACACUAACAGAGGAGCCAUCAAAUACAAUGUAUGGGACACAGCUGGACAGGAGAAGUUUGGAGGCCUAAGAGACGGAUACUAUAUCCAAGCUCAGUGUGCAAUCAUCAUGUUUGACGUGACCUCUCGAGUGACCUAUAAGAACGUCCCCAACUGGCAUCGCGAUCUGGUGCGUGUGUGUGAGAACAUUCCUAUAGUGUUGUGUGGCAACAAAGUGGACAUCAAGGACAGGAAGGUUAAAGCUAAGAGCAUCGUGUUCCACCGCAAGAAGAAUCUACAGUACUACGACAUCUCUGCCAAGAGUAAUUAUAACUUUGAGAAGCCCUUCCUGUGGCUUGCACGGAAGCUGAUUGGUGAUCCCAACCUGGAGUUUGUGGAGAUGCCUGCCCUUGCCCCACCUGAAAUUGCCAUGGACCCAUCACUUGCUGCACAGUAUGAGCACGACCUGAAAGUGGCAUCAGAAACAGCUCUCCCAGAUGAGGAUGAUGACCUUUAACCUGUUUUCCUUUGACUUUUCCUUGUGGCGUUGUUGCCUGGUUGUCCCUAGCAACAGGAGUUUGACACACCCCAUCCCCUUUUACUGUACAACCUCCGGCUCAGACUAUUUUUAUUUUUCAACUUUGUUUCGUUUUUGUGUUUCAAAUUGAAUAAAAAGUGAAGUUGUGUGGUUCUUGGAUUUCAGCGUAGACAUGCUAACCCUAACGCCACCGUGCAGACUUACUCUAGGACACAUCAACACAUUGCCUACACUGACACACGUGCAAACAUUCACUCAAAAGCGUAUGAACAGUUUACUGUGUGUCCCAGUGCUUAAUCUCUGUAUGGCGCCAAGCACUUAGAGCGCAACUUUGAAUAAAAACGUUCUCAAUACA